AUGUCAGGCCUAUUUAAUAAAGUUGCAUCCUCAUUACGUGGAGGCGGUUGUGGGUCGAUUAAAAUAAUUCCCAACUCAGAAGUAGACUUUAAGGCUGAUAUUUACGACAUAGAAAAUUUCAUAACUAGAUUUGAUUCUGUUGUCUAAAUUAUACACACUAAAGUAGAUGAUGCGGCCAAUUAAUCCGAAGCUUAAGAAAUAAUGAUAGCCAUAUAAUGGUUUAUUUUUUUAGAGGAAAACAUUUACAAACUUAUCAAGAAUGCCUAAAAGGUCAUGAAAUCAUACAACUUAAUUAUAGAUGGAAUCCUAAAAUUACUGAAAAGUUGUUUAAUCUAUGUCAGAACGGAUUCAUUUAAAUGUUUAUUCAUCUUAAGGACUACAUCUUCUCUAUCUAAAGUGAUAUUUAUCUUCCAUAUGAGAAAGGGUUAAAGAUUAAUGAACUGUGACACAUAAAAGCAAUUUUUGGAUAUUUGUGAUGAAUUAAAAUAAUAAAUUGAAAUAGAGAAAAAUGAUAUAAUUCAAACUUAAUUGGAAAUUUACCUUUUCCUAACAAAAGCUUCAUUUCAGGUGGCCCCAAAAGAUGGUAAAGAUAGGGAUGAUAAUUUAAACGGUUGUUUAAAUGGUAUCUUUAACUCAAUAUUUGAUAUGAAACCUAAUAAUGAAUUGUUUAUGUAAUUGUAUCGAGCAUGCCUACAUUACAAUAAUUAUGCAAUUUAGAAAAAUAGAAAAUAAUAUGAAGAUUAUUUUUAAUAGAUAUGUUGUUAUGGGAGAUCAUCAAUAAUUUAAAAAAUGAAGGCUAACUGAAUUUAGAAGAAAUAAUCCUACAAAUUGAGAAAAUACAUGAAAAACUUGUGAAAAAUUCAAAUAAAUGGAAAAACCAUUUUUUGUGGAUUUAAAUGAUUGGAAAAAUCAUAAUUUAUCGUCCUUUGAUAACAUAUAAAAAAAUUAAAUCAGCUGACUAGGUCUUUCAAUUUUGAGGCAAAAUCAAAUUAAAUAUGGAAGCAAUAUCUUAACAAAGGAUUUCUAAUGUAAUUAAAUCAUGGCAACGACUAAGCUUUAAUAUUACUUCAUUAAUUUAAAAAUAAAGAAUUAACUUAAAUUGAUAAAUUAAUACUAGAAGACACCUUCAAAGAAUGGGAAAACCUGAUGUUGCUUAAAGAUUAAUUACUAAAUAAAAAAACUCAUAAUAUAUAUUUCACAUUAGGUUCUUAUUUAACAUUAAAGUUAGAGCAUUUAGAACCCAAAAAAAUUGACUAAAUUUAGGCAGUUUGCAAUAUUUAACAAUUUCUUGAUUUCCUCAUUUCUAAUAAAUUGCUAGCUUUAUUCAGGAAAAUGAAGAGAGAUUGGGAAUUAGAGUUAAAUAUUAUAAAAAUUUUAUUAAAUAAAAUAAGUGUUUUAAUGUAAGAUUGGGAUAAGACAUGUAUAAUUCAUAAUUAAAAAAAAUACUCUCAAUUUCAAAAAAUAAUUUCUUAAAUACUCUAAAAAUCAUUAAAAUUAUUAAGCUAAGUUAUGGAAGUACAAUAUUUAGAUAGAAUUAAUUGA